CUAGCCUUUCUCAAACUCUUUUGUCCUUGCCUAGUAGAGAGAUCCUUUUGUCUUUGACAAUUGACGUGGGACAAAAAAACCUCAACGGAAAAGCAAAUGGCAGAGAAGAAAAAUAAGAGAAAAGGAAACAGAAAAAAAGAAAGUGAUGGGUGUACUGUAGUGUUUGUUGGUGGGCUCAGAAGGAGAGAACUGAGGACCUGAAAUAUAGGUAAAGCCAUUUUAUAGCUGGCAAGCAGCUGUCUUUCUUUCUUCCUUCUUCCUCCAUAGCCCCAACGCCCUUCCUUUCCUCCCUCCCACUUCUUUUCCUUCUUCCUUUCCCUCUUCUUCUCUCUCUCUCUCUCUCUCUCUCUCUCUCAAAGCUGGUUGCUUUGAGGAAGGAAGGAAAGGGAACUCACAUUUCUCUAUACUGCUGUGUGUAUGCUCCUGCACAAUUGAGAAUUAGGGUUUUCAUAAAACAAAAAGGAUGAGUGCUUCUAGGUUCAUCAAGUGUGUGACUGUUGGCGAUGGCGCUGUGGGGAAAACUUGUAUGCUCAUCUCCUAUACCAGCAACACUUUCCCUACUGAUUACGUGCCAACGGUUUUUGACAACUUCAGUGCAAAUGUUGUGGUGGAUGGAAGCACGGUCAAUCUGGGCUUGUGGGACACUGCUGGCCAGGAAGAUUACAAUAGACUGAGACCUUUGAGUUAUCGAGGGGCGGAUGUUUUCCUGCUUGCUUUUUCUCUCAUCAGCAAGGCAAGCUAUGAAAAUGUGGCGAAGAAAUGGAUUCCUGAGUUGAGGCACUAUGCGCCUGGUGUUCCAAUCAUCCUUGUCGGGACUAAGCUCGUUUUUAUGCUACCAUCACAUCUAUAUCGGUACUCUGCAGAUUUAAGAGAGGACAAGCAAUUCCUUAUGGAUCAUCCUGGUGCAGUACCUAUUACAACUGCUCAGGGAGAAGAGCUGAGAAAGCUAAUUGGAGCUCCUAUGUAUAUUGAAUGCAGUUCAAAAACACAGCAGAAUGUGAAGGCUGUGUUUGAUGCGGCAAUCAAGGUGGUUCUCCAGCCACCGAAGCAGAAAAGGAGAAAGAAGAGAAAGUCCCAGAAGGGUUGCUCCAUCUUGUGAUCUGGUAAAAGAAUGGACUCUGGUGGACUAUCAUGACCGAGUUAGGCAUAUUGAUUCAAAAAUCUAGUCUCUUGCCAUCUCUCACUUCCUAUCCCACCUUUGAGAAAGCCAACGACGCUGAAUGGGUAUUUGUAGCUGCAAAAGAACUGACAGAACUAGGGGGAGUCAGAGUCACCAACAGUAUUUAAUCAAUAUCAAGUUCAUGUGUGUUAUCGUCUGUUGCAUUCUAUUGGAUUUGUAUGUUCUGAUUGUAUAUGAGAGGUUUAAUGAUAACGAUUCACUUCUGUAUUUUUCUUCCAUGACGUGGCGCCGCUGCGCAUCAUUGUAUUAUGAUCAGUUAUCCCUGGAAUCUUAGUCAAAGCCAGUGUGGCUCUUUUACAUCUUGAAGACUGUUGAUUUGCAUUGUUUUGUGAAGAAG